UAUACUUUAGAGAUGUAUGUUUUUGCAGCCCAGGUGUUUCUGGGAGUCCUUCUUUGGGCACCAUACCAGGGCUUAGCGUGUCCUUUUGGCUGUGAGUGUUUUGCUGUCACUCGCACAGUGAAAUGUGUCUCCAAGGAUCUGCUCAUGGUGCCGCAAAGUAUUCCAGGAUAUGCAAGGACUAUCAUCAUCACAGGGAAUAAUAUACACCAGAUUGGAGCUGAUUCCUUUGCAGAGCUGGAGAAUGUCACCAAUAUCAUUUUAAGCAAUAAUAGGAUUACAGAGAUGGCAUCCCACAGCUUCUCUGCCCUCAUUAACCUGCGCUUCCUGGACCUCAGCGGGAACCGACUGGCACUCAUCCAUCCAGAAACUUUCAGCAUACCUGGCAGUCCCCUUCAGGAGCUCAACCUGAGCCGCUCACUGUGCAAUGCCUCUGCCCUGACAGACCUCACCACGGCUCUGCGCUGGGGUGACCUCAGAGGGCUCCUCCGCCUGGACCUUUCUGGGAACCAACUCGCUCUGCUGCCCCCAGGCAUGUUCUCCCACCUUCCCAACCUGCAGCAGCUCUUCCUCACUAAUAACUCUCUGGUCAUGGUCUACGCUGGAACCUUCUCCGGCAUGAACCAUCUCCAGGUGCUGGACCUUACACACAAUGCCUUCAGGACAUUCGGAGCUGAUGCUCUACAAGAGCUGGACAUGCUUGGGAACAUCCGAAUCCUUCUCGGUGGCAACCCAUACACCUGCUCCUGUGAUAUCCGCAGAUUUGUGACCUGGCUCAAUGAAACAAGAGCUCAGUUAGAUGUGGAUACUGUAAGAUGUGCCUCACCAAGAAGUGACACCCGGCUGCAGGGUCUCAGUGUCCGGGCCAUUGGAUGUGUUGUUCCAGUCCAAGCAGAGGCAGCGGACCUCACCCUGCAGACAUCCUAUGUCUUCCUGGGGCUGGUGCUGGGGUUUGUGGGCAUGGUGUUUCUCUUUGUGCUCUACCUGAAUCGCAAAGGUAUGAAGAAGUGGAUCAAUGAAAUGAGAGAUGCGUGUCGGGAUGUUAUGGAGGGUUACCACUACAGAUAUGAGAUUGACUCGGACCCUCGGCUGCGGCACAUGCCGACAGGUAACCACAGGGCACAAGGCCGUGCAGGAUUAUCUCUGUCACAGCAGCUGCCAAGUGACACCUGUGUCAUCCAGGUUCCCACGGACACACACAUCAAGCAGGUGACAACGUCCCCACCCAUGAAGCUAUGA